AAACGCUCCUCCGUGAUGGCCGACGCCGGAACUAUCCAAACGUUUGAAGAUUUCGUGAAGGUUCACGGUCUGCUACUUGCAGCUGCGGGUAUACCUCAGUCGCUUUACCGGAAACUCUUUGAGAAACUKUCUACUGAAACUUUCGACGGCGGCAACUACUUCCAGGUGGAGCCCGUCGAGGAUGGCCGCCAAAGGCGUCUCGUCCUCACUUCGGAUUCCAUGGGAAAGGAAUCAAACAUUUUUCUCGUUGAUCAUGCUUUAUCCUUUCGCCUUUCAGAUGCCCCCAAACAGUUGCAAGAAGUUCCAGGGUUGGCAGAGAGAAUGGCUUCUUUGAUGUGUGUGGAUGUUGAUUUGAAUUCAGACUUUGCAGAGGCAGAUGAUGUAGGUUGUGAAUUGGAGGAUAGCAAAUUGGCUGUUACGGAAAUUGUGGAGAGAGAAGUUCAAAAAACGAAAAAGGAGGGUCAGGAUKCUGUAGUGUGGUUGGAACUUGAUGAUCUUGACAUUGACGAUGAUGUCUUUGUAUCCCUUGAUUUGCCUAGCAAAUUUCCCGAUUUAAUUGCACUUAGUCUGUGUGGCAACAAGCUUAAGGUCGCUGAGACAAUUACCAAGGAAAUUGUGAAAUUUAAACACCUUAGAGCUCUCUGGCUGAACAAUAACCCACUCCUAGAGAAUUGUGAUGAUUAUGUUACAGAUGUUAUUCUUCGUAAUUGCUCGMGACUGGAAAUUUUAAACUCAUCUUUUACAAGUAAAUAUACGGAGUGGGCCUUGGGUUUCCGUGGAGGAAUCUAUGACAAAGACAAUCCAGGCUGUGGACAUGACAAUGACCACUCCUUGCAGGGCGUGACUUCUCUUGACCUUUCAAAUAGGCGUAUUCACAGCCUACACAACAAGGGAUUUUCAUCUGAUGCUAUGCCRUCUCUUUCCUAUUUGAAUCUUCGAGGAAAUCCACUAGAUGAUCACUCUAUUUCUGACUUACUGCAACUUCUAAAAGCCUUUACCAGCUUAGAUGCGCUGGAGGUGGAUAUUCCUGGUCCUCUUGGAGAUAGUGCGGUCGAGAUUGCUGAAUCUCUUCCUACUCUUUCUCUACUAAACGGUGUAAAUACAACAAGAGUCCUAGAAUCUGGAAGGAGGGUGAUUGAUUCAAUGCUUCGUCCACGUCUUCCCGAGUGGAYUGCUGAUGAACCCUUAGUUGACCGGGUCUUGAAUGCCAUGUGGUUAUACUUAAUGUCUUAUAGAUUAGCAGAUGAGGAGAAGAUCGAUGAGACAUCUAUAUGGUAUGUGAUGGAUGAAUUGGGUUCAGCUCUGCGGCAUAGUGAUGAGCCAAAUUUCCGAGUAUCACCAUUCCUGUACAUGCCUGAGGGUAAACUGGAGUCAGCUGUGAGCUUUACAAUUCUUUGGCCUGCCAACAAUGUCCAGUAUGGUGAUGAGUGCACUCGUGAUUAUCUAUUUGGCAUCGGAGAGGCGAAGCAGCGUUCUGCCAGGCUUACUGCUUGGUUUCAUACCCCACAGAAAUACUUCAUCAAAGAGUAUGAAACGUUUUGGGAGAAUUUGAAAUCAACAAGUUCUCUCCCAGUUAGUAAGGCAUCUCCUACCAAUAGUCUAGUACGUAGUGACGGACGUCCCUUGCGUGUUUAUACAGAUAUUCCAUCAGUGGAAGAACUUUUGACUCACCCAGGAUUCAUAAUCACAACUGACCUGAAGGAAGCAGAUAUAAUAUGGACAAGCUGGCAGGUGGAUGAGGAAACGAAGAAGGCUACAGGGCUAAAAGAUCACCAAUACAUAAAUCAAUUUCCUUUUGAAGCCUGCCUCGUCAUGAAACAYCAUCUGGCAGAGACAGUCCAGAAGGCUUAUGGAUCUCCCGAGUGGUUUCAGCCUACUUAUAAUCUUGAAACACAUCUAACGCAAUUUAUUGGUGACUAUUAUGUACGAGAAAAUGAUAGGGCUGACAAUUUAUGGAUUUUGAAGCCUUGGAACAUGGCAAGAACUAUAGAUACAUCAGUUACGGGAAAUUUAUCUGCAAUUAUACGUCUCAUGGAAACUGGCCCAAAAAUAUGUCAAAAGUAUAUCGAGCACCCAGUUUUAUACAGGGGGAAGAAGUUUGAUCUUCGGUACAUUGUUCUUGUUCGAAAUAUGAACCCGUUGGAGUUAUUCAUCACCGACAUUUUCUGGGUUAGACUGGCUAACAACGCCUACUCUCUAGACAAGAAAAGCUUGUACGAGUACGAGACCCAUUUUACUGUUAUGAAUUACAGGGGAAAAUUGAAUCAUAUGAACACACCGGAGUUCGUUAAGGACUUUGAACAGGAACAUCAAGUUGAAUGGUGGGAAAUCCAUUCAAGGGUUAAGGAGAUGAUCCGAAAGGUUUUUGAGUCAGCAGCAUUAGUUCAUCCAGAGAUGCACGGUUCAACAUCUAGGGCUAUGUACGGAGUCGAUGUGAUGCUUGAUAGCAAUUUCAAACCCAAGUUAUUGGAGGUUAAUUUUCUGAUCAUUUGGCAUUCACAGGCAGAAAGAAAAUGA